UCAGGGAUUGCAAUGGCCAGACCCGGGAUCACACUGCUGUUGCUCCUGCUGGUAUGGGCGACUGCCUGCAGUGCCCAGCCGAGAGUGGCCCAGGCCAAGACCGAACUCCUCAAUGUCUGCAUGAACGCCAAGCACCACAAGGAAAAGCCAAGCCCUGAGGACAAGUUACAUGAGCAGUGCAGUCCCUGGAGGAAGAACUCCUGCUGCUCCUCGAACACCAGCAGUGAGGCUCACAAGGACAUAUCCUACCUCUACAGAUUCAACUGGGACCACUGCGGCAAGAUGGAGCCCGCCUGCAAGCGGCACUUCAUCCAGGACACCUGCCUCUAUGAGUGCUCCCCGAACCUGGGGCCCUGGAUCCAGCAGGUGGACCAGAGCUGGCGCAAAGAGCGCAUCUUGAAUGUGCCCCUGUGCAAAGAGGACUGUCAGCGCUGGUGGGAGGACUGUCGCACCUCCUACACCUGCAAGAGCAACUGGCACAAGGGCUGGAAUUGGACCUCAGGAUUUAACCAGUGCCCGGUGGGAGCUGCCUGCCACCCUUUCCACUUCUACUUCCCUACACCUGCUGAUCUCUGUGAAGAAAUCUGGAGUCACUCCUACAAGCUCAGCAACUACAGCCGAGGGAGUGGCCGUUGCAUCCAGAUGUGGUUCGACCCGGCGCAGGGCAACCCCAAUGAGGAGGUGGCCAGGUUCUAUGCUGAGGCCAUGAGUGGGACUGGACUACCAGGGACCUGGCCUCUUCUGCUUGGUCUUGCCCUUCUACUGCUCUUGCUGCUCAACUGAGUCCGUCCUAAUGUGUGUUGGGUCAACUCCAUGGCUCCCAGCUCUCAGGACCUCUCCAUGUGACAAGUUUAAAUAAACCAAAAACUCCCCA